AUGACCAAAAGGCGCGCCGACCACCUCCGCGAUAUUUCACCGAGAGAUCCCAACCACCCAUGGGUUGCACGAGGCUAUCGACCAGACGUGGCGUAUGCCAACAGGUCUGCUCCCAUAGAAGAUCCCUACGGUGAGAUCGCAUAUCAACGCGCCUUUGCCGAGGCCGCCGAGUCCAAUUCAAUUCGAGUGCCUGAGCCGAUCCUGUAUCACAAUUCUCCUUCGGCACGCGACUAUAUAAGAAGAAGGGACGAACUCUUCUUCUCGGUCAAGCCUGGAAAGCCCAACAACAAAUCCGGCAGUCAGCCCGCAACGCCCACUUCUGCCAAUACAUCGGCUUCCUCGCCAGGAAAGCCUCCUUCCCCCAAGUACAGUUCAGAGUCGAGUUUUCCUCAUGGAAGAACAGAUACCAAAUCCAAGGUUGAGCCUGGUCCUCCAAGGCCAAAUGCAUCCCCGAGCAAUAAGAAUGUCCAGCAGCAGUCGCCGCGCGCAAUCAGGCCCGCCGCCGAACAAAUGCCACUUGUCAAUGGUCUGCCUUGGACCUUGGAGCCCAAAAUUCAUCCCACUGGCCCUGCUAGGAUGCUGCGAUGA